CUUUACGUGCAAGCCGUAGAGUGCGGCGUUGUUAAAGUAUAUACGUCUACAUUAAUUUUAUGAAAUUCAGGUUAAAAUGUCCAUUUUAGAAGCAGACGAUGUGCUGUACAGCAUUUUGGCAUUAGUCAUUAUUGAGAAUGCUCUGGAAAUUUAUAUAGCCUAUCGCCAGGUGAAAGUCUAUCGAAAUGCGUUGACUGUGCCCACUGAGCUGAAGGCUCAUAUGAGCUCGGAGACGUUCCAUAAGGCACGCAAAUAUGGCCUGGAUGGUGAGAACUUUGGCAUCUUUAAAGCCGUGGUGAUGGACGUGCUGCUUCUUUGCCUGGAACUGUAUAUUGGAUUGAUCGCAUUGCUCUGGCAAAUGUCGGUAGAUGUGGUCGAACGUCUGCAAUGGGACUCUAGCAAUGAGAUUAUUGUCAGCCUCGUCUUUGUGCUCAUCUCGAAUGUGUUGUCCACAUUUAAAUCGCUGCCAUUUAAGAUCUACAAGAUCUUCGUGCUGGAGGAAAAGCAUGGCUUUAAUAAGCAAACGGCGGGUUUCUUUGCCUGGGAUCAGGUCAAGGGCUUCCUGGUUACCCAGAUUGUAAUGCUGCCCAUUACAGCGGCUAUCAUCUUUAUUGUGCAGCGCGGUGGCGACAAUUUCUUCAUUUGGCUAUGGGUAUUCGCCGGCGUCAUCUCCCUGGUGCUACUUACCCUUUAUCCGAUCUUCAUUGCGCCGCUCUUCGAUAAGUACACGCCCCUGGAGGAGGGCCCACUGCGUCAGUCCAUCGAGAAUUUGGCUGCCUCGCUCAAGUUUCCAUUGACCAAGCUAUAUGUUGUGGAGGGCUCGAAACGUUCUUCGCACAGCAAUGCAUACUUUUAUGGCCUUUGGAACUCGAAGCGGAUUGUGCUCUUCGACACACUCCUGUUGAACAAAGGGAAACCCGACGAUUCGGAGCUGAAUGACGAUGAGAAGGGCAAGGGCUGCACGGAUGAGGAGGUGCUGGCUGUGCUUGGCCAUGAGCUGGGCCACUGGAAGCUGGGACAUGUGACCAAGAAUAUUAUCAUAAUGCAGGUCCAUCUGUUCCUCAUGUUUCUUGUCUUUGGCUACUUGUUUAAGUAUGCGCCAUUCUAUGAGGCACUGGGCUUUCCGCCGGGCACACGACCCAUACUCGUUGGUCUACUGAUCAUCUUCACGUACGUGAUGGCACCUUACAAUGCCAUCAUCAACUUUGCCAUGACAAUAUUGUCGCGUCGCUUCGAAUAUCAGGCGGAUGAGUUUGCCCACAAGCUAGGCUUCGAGCAACAAUUGUGCCGUGCUCUGAUCAAGCUCAAUUUGGACAAUUUGGGCUUCCCCAUCUAUGACUGGCUGUACUCCACCUGGAAUCAUUCGCAUCCAACACUGCUGCAGCGCUUGGCACGCCUUAAGCAGUUGGGACAGUCGCAGAAGAAGGUGCAGUAAACUACGAGGUGGGCAUUUUGGCCGCGCAUUCAAGUGCGAGACUGUAGACCAAAGCAUUUAGCUUCUCUCUCACUGUCUCUCUCCCCCACUUACUCUCUCUCGCUGUAUUCUGUAAACCGUAUCCGUAUCAUAGUAGUCCCUCUCUCUCCUUGUUUAGUUGUAUAUUGUGUAGAUUUCAAUAAAACAAGCGAUAGCCGACUUGACCAAUAAACAAACAAA